AACGCGGCGGGAACAUUAGUUCCGGAGGGAAACGCGAGGCAUUCCAUUCCCAGCCCCGAACCAGGCGGGGGUCACCGGCGGGGGACACCCCCGAGGGUCCCGAGGGAGGUGCUGGAAGUGGCCUGGAUGUGCUCCCAGCCUCUGUGCUGGGCUGAUGUGCUGAGUUUAUGGGGAUAGGUUUCAUAUUCUUCCCAGUAGCUGGCACGGCGCUGGGUAUGGAUUCGGGAUGGGCGAUCCGGGGCCGUGACGUCACAAACGGGGACGCGUGCCACCACCCCUGGCUCCCAGUGUGGCCACGAUGGGACACAGAUGAAGCCAUGAGUUUCCUGCUCCCCACGCUUGUCCUGCUGGUGGCCACUACGGCCGUCCUGCUGGCCGCCCGCAUUUGGAAGGCGCGGAAGCGCCCCGGGAGCCGGGCCGGGGCCUCGCGGCGCUGCCGAGCGGCCCCGGGGGCUCCCGGUUCCCCCCGGGCUGAGGAGACCCCUCCCCAGGGCCCGGCUGCCCCGGAGAGCCCCCCGUACAUCCCCUGCCGCUGCGGGCCCUGCUGCACCCCCUGCGUGACGGCGGCCCGGGAGCUGCAGGGCCUGCUGACGCCGCUGUGGCCCGAGGUGUCCUUCCCGCGGGACUCGGAGAUGUGGCAGCUGUGGUGGGAGGACCUGGAGCAGCUGCUGGAGCGAGGCCACCUGCCCUGCUGCGCCUCCUCCAGCUCCUGCUUCCAUGGGAGCUUCCAUCCCUGCCGGAGCCUGGGCGAGAGCUGCCGCGCUCCGGCUGGAGAAGAGCUCGUGGACGGAUCCCGCUGCUCCCUCGCAGCUGAGGGCUUGAGGGGAAACUGCUCGUCCCUGAGGCUCCACGUGGCCAGGAAGAGCCUGGAAGUGAAGCUGAGAGCCCAGCCCCUGGCGGUGAGGCGUUCCCAGGAGCAGCUGGAGCUGGGGGAGGCGUCGCCCCCUUCCUCCGAGAGCUUCCCCGGCUCCGAGAGCCCCAGCGGGAGCUGCCAGACCCCGGAUGGGGAGGAGGCCUCGGACAGCUCGCCGAGCCCCGCCGGAUCUGUGGAUAUCAGCGGGGCCCGCUCGGCCCUGAGGAUGCACGUGGCCAAGAAGAGCCUGGAAGUGAAACUGGGAGCCCAGCCCGCUCCCGUGAGGAGUUCCCAGCGGCAGGCGGCACAGCAGGAAGCGUCCUGGAGCCACUGGCACCCCAUCCACAGCUCCCACAGCACGGCAGGGCGGCCGAGUCACUCCGAGUCGGAGAAGAUCCUCCACAGGCAACGGGAGCUGGAGUUCCCCCAUCUCCAGCGGUCUCCUCCAAGCAGCAUGAGGCCCCUGCUGGCAGCUCAGAUACUUCUGAGGAUGCUCUGUUUUAAAUAA